AUGACGACGUCAAAGCCUCGCACUGAGCCUUUCUGGCUUGGGUACGUAUUGGAUGCCCUGCUCGCCCGUCAUGGUGAAGCAACAACUUACACCAAGUUGUCUAUUCAGCGGCGCGGCGGCAUGUAUGGCCGUCUGUUUCAUCGCAUGCAGGUCCUCAAGUCCAGCAACUCCAUGUUGAGCACAAUGUACAGAUUUGGGCUCCGAGACGGUACGCCACCCCAAACUCUGAGAAUCGGGCCUCAACUUACCCCGACGUAUUCCCCAGGUAUUCCCUCAUUAUGGGGCGGCCUAUCGGCGUCUAUUCUGCGACAAGGCACAUACUCAACUGCCCGAUUUGGCUUGCACAAUCAUCUUUCCUCACAGUUGCUCCAGACGUCCGGUAGAGAUAGGCUUCCGACAUCAUGGAAUAUUGCUUGCGCGGGGGUUUCCGGUGGAAUUGCCGGGCUGAUUGGCAAUCCUACUGAGGUUGUUCUUGUCCGUAUGUGCGCCGAUGGAGCAAAGCCUGCAAGUGAUAGGUUCCGAUACUCGAAUCCGUUAGUUGGUUUGUGGCGGGUUUGGAAAGAAGAGGGGGCGAAGGCGUUUGGUCGUGGGAUUGGACCGAAUGUCACGAGAAGUGUUCUCAUGAAUCGCAUCCUAUGCGUCCGCAAAGCAGUCUCUGCUGGCAUCGAAUAA